AUGGCGAGACCCCAAGAUACGGCUUUAGCCCGAUUCUACGGCCUCCCUAAGGUGCACAAAGACGGCGCUCCUCUCCGACCCAUCGUGUCGCUCCAAGGGACUCCAACGUACGGACUGGCUAAGUGGCUGUUCCGGCGUCUCAAGUUCCUGACCGCUGAGUCAGACACCACGGUCUCUUCGUCAGCACAAUUCCCGGAGAAACUCAAAGGGGUAAGCAUCCAUUCAAAUGAGGUCAUGGUAUCUUUUGAUGUUGCGUCCCUUUUUACUUCUAUUGCCUAGGACCUGGCGAUCGAGACAAUUGAGUUGCUUGUACAAAGCGAAUACGAUGAAACGGAGAAUCGUCUUGGACACGCCCAAAUCCUUCAGCUCUGUCUCAGGACGUACUUCUCGUUCGACAGGACAAUCUAUGAACAGGUGAGGGACACGUCAAUCGGUUCGCUGAUUUCGGGAUUCAUUACCGAGGCGGUCCUGCAACGCUUAGAGUCGCUGGUCUUCCAACACCACAGACCUAAGUUCUGGGUCCGGCUUGUGGAUGAUACCUUCGUCGUUAUCGACCGCGAUCAACUGCUGACAUUCAAGGAACAUCUGAAUGCGGUCUUCCCGGACAUACAAUUUACGAUGAAGAAGGAAGAGAACAACCAGCUGGUCUUCCUGGAUGUCCUCGUAUGCCGCAAAGAUUGUGGUGGACUAAAGACCAAAGUGUUCAGGAAGGCGACAAAUACGAUGCAAACACCGAACUUAACCAGCAACCACCCAAUCAGCCACAAACGCAGCUGUGUAAGGACGCUCUAUCGGCGUGUCGAAACGCACUGUAGUGAACCAGAAGACAAUAUUCUCAAACUACUAUACCUUCGGCGCCAAUGGCUACCCGCGCAACUUCGUCAACCGAUGCAUGCGUAA